GUCUCACUAAUUCUGUGCCUUCAUCUACCAGUCUUCUCUUUCUCCAGCUUCUCUUCACUUAUUCGGUAUUCCACCAUCCCCAAUUUCUCCUUCCCCACAUUUUGCAUCUGAUUUUGUUGAGAAAGAAACCGAAGGGGAAAUUUGGGGGUUUUUUUGUUUUGAUUUCAAUGACUUCUUAUGAACAUGAGAAGGAGGGAGGGGAGGUGGUUCCGGAGCUGAGGUUGAGAGUUCUUAGAAAAAAGUGCCGACAGCAGAAGGGGAGGGAAAGGUGAAAGUGAUGAAAAAUAAGUAAAGUUAGAAUUAAAUGAUUAAUAAUAAAUUGAAUUGGGUUUGGUUGGAUUGCGUUAAAUCAAAUUGAGUUAAAUUU